GUGAGAAAAACCUGCGACGUGUCGUCUGGUCUGAAAGCGGUGAUCUGGGUCUGUGUUUGGGUUUCUGUGUUUGGGUCUCUGUGCGGUCGCAGUCGGUUGAAUUGCGCAUACUUGUUGCGCCUCUACAGGAGCGCACACGCACUGGAGCGCUGUUCUGUCCACGCAGGGAGGAAAAACUGCUCAUUUAUCGUGUCCUGGACUUUAUUCUGACAUUAUAAUAUGUUAUUAUAGAACAGGAGUAACACAGCGGGGUGUGAAUGAUUUUUUGGGGUCUUGAGCUCAUCCUGUUAUCUGUCCGCCCCUGUUUAGUGUGGGUGGAUGUGGAUAAUAGGUUGUUGUAAUGGGAUCGUUGGGGGGGAUUUCCCUGCUUUCACUUUUCAUUUACGUCGCAGUACUUUAAAACGGAAAUGUGUAAUGGGUAUUUCUCUUUUACUCUUAACUCCCAGUCUGAAGAAUGAUGUCAGCAUCAGUGCAGAUCUCCCACACCAUUAAUCAGAUAGUAGAGGAGUUGAGUCCUGAGGAGUGUAAGCGACUCUCCUACCUGUGUGAAGCCCCUCACACUACAGUAUCUGAGAAGAACAUCAGAGAAAUGCUGCAUUGCUUGGUGGAUCAGUCGGAUCAGACUGUUCUGAUAGAGCUGUUGCUCAAGAUGAGACGGUUUGAUCUACUCAGAAGGGUGCUGGACAUCACCAAAUCACAGGCUGAGGGGCUUCUGAAAAACUGCAAAACAAGUCUGUCUGAAUACAGGGUUCUCAUGGCAGAGGUGAGUGAGGAAGUCGGAUCGAAGGAUUUAGAAUCACUAGUUUUUCUGCUGAGAGGCACUUUACCUAAAGAGAAACUGGAAAAGUUAGAGAGUUUUCUGGACGUCGUAGUGGAACUAGAGAGGCUGGAUCAGAUCUCCAGCACCAGAAUGGAGGUGAUGGAGAAAUAUUUUAGGGCUAUUCACCGUCUUGACUUGGCCAGGAGACUCAACCAGUUCCAGAGCCAUAAGAGAGCUGAAACACGAUCACCAACAUCUAUAGCAGUACAGAACAGAGACGACUGGCUGGCAUGCAGAGAUACAGUUCCCUUCUCCGGAAUUAGUUCCACUUCCUGUAAUGUGAGACCAGUUGUUUCCAAACCCUGUGCGAGCACAGCAGGUAGCACGGUAACACUCCAGGCUGUCCCAUUCAGAACAUCCUGUCAGGCACACAUAUGUACCCAGAAUGCACCUGUUCGGACUGUGUAUAAUGAGCAGAGACAGGAGGAGGUGUACCGGAUGCAGGCGGAACCCAGAGGAGUGUGUCUGAUUAUAGACUGUGUCGGAACUGAAGGAGGGCUUCUUAAACACUUUUUUGAGAGUCUGAACUUCGCUGUGAGUCUCCACAUGCUGCUGAGUGUUGAAAGUGUGCUCUCCACCCUGCAGCAGAUCUCCAGAAAAAUGGAGCAUUACAGUGGUGAUGCCUUCAUCUGCUGCAUCAUCAGCCGAUCCCGAUCCUCUCAGCUGCUCGGUACCAACCCUGGUGGUCGGGGACUCGAGCUAAAAUACGUCCGACACUUCUUUAACUCCAGCUUCUGCCCCUGGCUGGCUGGAAAACCCAAACUUUUUUUCAUCCAGACCUAUAAGAUCUCUGAGGUGCGGAACGUGGGUGGAGCUUCUGAGGAGGGAAUGCUGGAGAUGGACAGUCCUGUGCAGAACCUCUGCAGGGUGGUGGAGGUGGCGGAGGAUGCAGAUAUCUUCUGGAGUCACUGCUGGACUGAUGAGGGACAGCUGGAGAAGAGGAAUCAUCAGUCUGUCUACUUACAGUCCCUGAGAGAAGGUUUAACUGAAGGACUGAGACGGAGGAUUCAUCUGGUGGAUGUUCACACGUCAGUGAACCAGACAGUGUACAAUCAUAACCACAACCAUCCAGAAUCAGUGUAUCAUAUAAACCUGCGACACACGCUGAGGAAACAAGUCUACCUGCGCUGAAGGAAUAAAUAGUGAAUACUGGGAUUCCUGAUUUGAUGGGAUUCCUGAUUUGAUGGGAUGCAUGAUUUACUAUUUAGAAAUCUUUUUACUGCAAGAUUAUAUUCUAAACUGUCUCAUUUCCUUGUGAGCAUCAGUGAUGGAGCUUUAUUUCCACCAAUCUUCUUACGAGCUAUGGCUUUGUAAAAAAAUCAUGUGCAGGACGAGAUAAUUUUGACCCGAAAUGUUCUGCAAGGUUGACCGCAGGGCGAUUGGAAAGACAGGUAUGUGUUAGCGGGUGACUGGACAGUAGGGUUUGUGCAGGCAGGCAAGAGGAGGCCAGAGAAAGCAGACAGAAGACAGACAGACAGACAGACAGACAGGCAGACAGAAGACAGACAGACAGACAGACAGACAGACAAAGAUAAGCUGAUGUUGGCUGAAGAGUUUGGCUGAGAUUGGAUGUGGUUUUAGUAGGUUGAUAAUGACUCACUGUAGCUAUGGGAGGUCUCAGAAGGUCCAGUGAAGACAGGCAGUGGAGGACAUUGGAGGACAAUUGCACAUCAUUCCACUAGAGAUACAUUCAGCACAAAUAACCUUGCAUGUUUUGAUGUAUGGACAGGUGUACAGGCCUAAGCAUGCACUUUACAUGUUGUGUGCAUUUACAUUUAUGUCAUUUAGCAGACAGAGAUGCUUACAAAUCUGACCGAAUACAGCAGUUAACUGACUUUUUUUUUACGUAUUUAUGCAAUUUCUCCUCUUUUUCUGCCGAAUUAGCGUAGUCAAUUUCUCUCCUGCUGCUGGGGAUCCCUGAUUGCAUUCGAGGAGGGUAUAUUGCUGGUCAUGUGCCCUUCGAUGCGUGCGCAGUCCUAGCGGACCCCUUCUUUUCGCCCAUGCUUUCUGCAUAGGCACCUCUAUCUGCUAACCAGGGUCCUUACAUAGUGUUUGAAGACCCCACCCACAUAGUCCAGCCAUCCCACCCACAUAGUCCAGCCAUCCCACCCAGCAGACUCGGUGGCCAAUUAUUGUCUGCUGCAGGCACUGCCAAUUGUGCCCGCUAGAUGGCGCCCAGCGGACCGGUGGCAGAGCCGAGAUUCGAACAGAGGUGUUUAGAAUCUCAGCGCUGGUGUGUUAGCGGAAUAUCCUGCUGCAUCCUUUAUCUAGUUUUGUCAGUUAAUUGUAAGUUCAAGGGACUUCACAAAUCACAGAAUCUUUAUUAUUGCAUUUACAAAAUGUCCCAACUGUUCUGGAAACUUGGUUUGUAUGUUUGAUUAUUAGCUUUUCAUGCACUUACUAGAUGAACCAUAAUUGCUCAUUGAGCUACAGGACUAGUGAACUGAACACUAAUGUUAGAUGCAGCUUGUAUUCAGCUCUCAGUGUUAUAUGAAGUUGUGAGGUUGUGUUUAUGUCCCCAUCGGGGCACAGUUAGCAUUAAUUUAUACUGUGAAUGUAGCAGAAGUUAUUAGUACAGAUGAUUGUAUUUUGUGUUUUUGAGAAUCAGAUUUUCUUCACAGCAGCGUAAUAACAUGAAUAAGGUCACGUGUCUCUUAAACAUGGCAGCUUUUGAAUUUAUGUUCACAAAUGCGCACAUAUAAACUACAUGGUCAAAAGUAUGUGGACAUUCACUAAUUAUUUAGUUCAUUAGAUUCAGCCACGCCCAGUGCUAACAGGCGUGUAACAUCAAUUAUAUACAAUAAAUUAUAUGCUUAACUUUGUGUCAACAGUUUGGGAAAGGCCCUUUACUGUUUCACUAUGGCUGUGCCUUAUGCACACAGCGAAGUCCAUAGAGACGGGGUUUGACACAUAUGAACUUUGAUUGUCAGCCUGGCAUUAUCACUAUCAUUAGUGCCUGUCCUCGCAAACGCUCUUAUGGCUGAAUGGUUGCUACUAAAAGUUCCUACAGAAUCAUUUAAAAAUCUUUCCUGGUGAAAAGCCUAUAAGUUGAGUAAAGGCUGUUCUAGUUAAAAAGGGGGAAACGAGACUUCAUUUAAGCUAUUGUUUUAGAAUAGGAUGUCCAACAAGCUUAUGGUCAGGUGUCCAAAUACUUUUGGCCAUAUAUUUAAUUACUAUUUUGUAUUUUAUUUAAUAAAUGUUGCUUUUAUAUAUUUUUUAUUUGUUAUUUAAUCUAUAAAAAUUUACAAUUUUCAUAUUCUUAAUAAACAAAA